AUGAGAAUUCACCUUUUCUUUAUUUUUGUUGCUCUAAUCAAAUGUGCUAUUUGUGCGAAAAAAUUUGCACACGCUGCGAAGUACGCAGGGACAUAUUUAAGGCAUCGUGGGGGGGAAGAAAUGAGCAGGACGACGCAGAAAAAUCAUCUACACGUGAACAACAUAAACGCAUCAAGAAGCAGCGUAGUAACAGCUAGCCAUUUUAAGAGUAACCUUUUUAUAAAUAAAAAUUACGCGAAAGAAUGCUUUAUUAAAAACUAUGACCAAGUGGUGCGUAUAGUGCAAUUCAGACGUUUCAAUAAACUAUGGGCCAAAAAAAAAGGAGUGGGGAGCACAAAAAACGGAAGAGAUAGUAACCCCAAAAACUUAGGGGUAAAAGUACUAGGAAAUAAUUUUGCCCAUGCUGGUAAUAUUAUAGUUAGACAGAGAGGAAGGACCUUUAAACCUGGUCAUGGGGUUAAGCAGGGAAGAGAUUUCACCCUUAUUGCUACGAAACCGGGGAGAGUCCACUUUUUCAACCGAGUUGUAAGUAUUGUCGAUGUGAGUGACCCAAAGCCAAUGACGUAUACGGACGUUUACCGAGAGGAUCCAACCAUCUUGACUUUGUCGAGGGUGUGGACCUCAGCGAAGUGA